AUGGGUAGCUGUGGGUGUGGUGUUGGUAUGGGUAGCUGUUGGUGUGGUGUUGGUAUGAGUAGCUGUUGGUGUGGUGUUGGUAUGGGUAGCUGUUGGUGUGGUGUUGGUAUGCGUAGCUGUUGGUGUGGUGUUGGUAUGGGUAGCUGUUGGUGUGGCGUUGGUAUGGGUAGCUGUUGGUGUGGUGUUGGUAUGGGUAGCUGUGGGUGUGGGUUUCGUUGUUCUCUCAAUUAUAAUCGACACCCACACCCACAUCCUCAGAAUUGAACGCUGGCUAUUUUUCAUAAUUUUAUUUUCUGUUUUAUCACAACCCAAUUUUUCACACCUGGAGUCCCCUUCAGGUAUCGAAAAAAAUUUUUGUUUCUGUUCUAUUACAAGUCUUUAUAGUUCAAUAGUACUUAGUUCGCUGAUUACAAAUAUCUCAUUUGUUUUCAAAAGUACUCAGAUAAUAAGAAAGGUCGAAAACACUCCCUGAAAAUCUUAAAACCUAACUUUUGCCGAGAAAUUCCAUUAAAAUACGGUUCUAUUUCGUCGAAAAUAGGUUCUUUUUAUGCACAAUCUUUUUCUCUAUCAGAGAAUAUCAGAACCGGUUGAAUAUUUGAUUUUUUUCUAUCGAUAACUGGUAUAUACCGUCCCGUUUGGGUCAUAUUAUCUCUCAUAAUAUUUUUUCAGCCUGACGAAAUUAGAGUUUCUAUAGAUACAGUGGUUAUAUUUCUUUACCAAGUAUACAGCUAAAUGUGCUCUUUCAGGUGACACUAUUUUCGACUUGAAACUUCAUAUCUAGUAAAGUACUUUUGCUCAAAAUCCUAUCCUUGAGACCCUGUUUGCGUCUUUUUAGACUAAUAUUCUAUGGUUUUCGAAUGGAAAAAUCACAUUUGAUUUCAGACAAAUGUCAUAUUCGAAAUUAACACCAAACUGAGCCGAUCUAUGUGGGUCAGAGAUGCCGACUGUGGCGGGUUGGUACGAGUACCCAUUGAGUUAAAAUUUCCAUAGAUCAACUCUAACCCAAACCAGCAGCUUGAGCAGACCAUUUAUAUAAUUCCACCUCUGGUCUACCAAUAAAAAGUUUUAGGUAGAUGUUGUGGGCUAUUCCAAGCGUCAUCCUUGGGCUAACCCAUUAAAUAAUCCAUAUUUCAUAAAAAUUAGUUACGAAAAGGUUUAUUCAAUAGGUGAGUCAUUACAAUACGAAUUUUUAGUCAAGCCAAACCCAUUAUGACUUGGAUGAAACGAAUCUGGUCGUAUUUUAAUGAAUUUUCUGGUCGAAAGCUGGUUUCUAAUGCUAUUACGAAGUGCUCUCGAUCUUUCUUAUAGUGCUCGCUAAAAAAAAAGGAGCUUUCCAGAACUAUUUUUGGUUCUGCACAUGCUGCAGAACCAAUUUACAGUUCUGUAUGAUAGUACAAAACCCUGAAAGGUUCCGCCCAACAAUGUUGAACCUUGUAAGGUUCUGUCAAAAAAUGCUGAACCAUAAAAAGUUCUUUGCCCAGAAAUGCUGAACCAAAAUGGUUCCGUCCAAUGAUGCUGAACUAUCAAAUGUUCCCUUUCUAGAAAUGCUGAACCGAUGAGGUUCUGCCCAAUACUACUGAACCCUUGAAAGGUUCUGCCAAAAAAAGGCUGAACCAAAGAAGUUCUUUGUCUAAAAUUCCGGAACCCGAAAGGUUCUGCCCAAUAAUGCUGAACCUUGUAAGGUUCUGCCAAAAAAAUGCUGAAUCUUGUGAGGUUCUGCCAAAAAAGUGCUGAACCAUACAAUGUUCUCUGUCCAAAAGUGCAGAACCGAAAAGGUUCUGCCAAAUAUUCCUGAACCUUGUAAGGUUCCGUCAGAAAAAUGCUGAACCAUAAAAAGCUCUCCGUCCAAGAACGCUGCACCGAACAGGUUCCGCCCAAUAAUACUGAACCUCGUAAGGUUCUGUCAAAAAAUGCUGAGCUAUCAAAAGUGUUUUACCCAAAGAUAUUGAAACAGAAAAGGUUCUGUUAAUUCUGCAGAACUCUUCGGGGUUUCUCAGUCAAAAUAGGGAAUUAUAGAAGGAUUUGACAAAGAAAAGAUUGUUCACCAUAUAAUUAUUGUGAAAACUUCUUUUCAAAAGCUCGAUAUAAAACAUGUUUUUUAAAUAUAGUUUAGAGUACAUUCGACAGGACUAUUUUAUCACGUAGUUUUCAUUUCUUUUACUUCGUGAUAUGUUACUGUACAAAGUGAACGAUUUUUGUCAACCAUCGAAAAUGUUUUUAUCUACUUAUAAUAUCAAGAUGAAAUGAACUUUCUUUUCUUUUUCAGCAUUUUCACUUUAUUUAUGUCAUUUAGCUGCUAUUUAUUUCAUGAUAAGAUUGAAAUAAAUCACCAACGUACUAAGAAUACCUAGGUUAUUUAAAAUAAAUAUAGUAAAUAACUACAAAAGUGUAUGUCACGUCUUGAGUGUCGGUCAAGAAACGAAAUAUAAAUAUAUUGGGUUUUUCUUUAGUCCUAAGGGCAUAGAAUAAGGAUAUAGUGUAAGGAUAUAAAAUAAAGGUAUAGAAUAAGGAUAUAGAAUCUAUAUAAUGAAGCACGGUUGCCUGUCCGUCUGUUACCGGAUCAAAGAUCAAACGUUCAAGGUUAAAGGUCAAACACUUCUGGAAUUUUCUACAUCUUUCUCGAACGAUGUGGACGUAACCACGAAUCUAGAGACUUCUGGAGCUUUCCACAAUUUUAUGGAAUGCUCUCUGGUCAAGGGUCAAACCUUAAUCUCCGCCGGUUCACAGGUCGUAUGGAUUAUUGUUAGUUUUAGAGGGUUCCAGGAUUAUGUAGACUCUACUAAAACGUAGGUAGUAUAAGGAGUAUAGGGCGGAUGGGGAAUAUAGGGAAUGUAUGGAGUAUAGACGUAUAGAAGCUAUAGAGAAUACAGAAGCUAUAGGAAAUAUCGGGGGUAUAGAGAUAUAUGGGGUAUCGAAAAUAU